AUUACAGGUGUUCAAAUCGCAUACUCUGCCGUAAUUGGAACAAAUUUGUUCAUUUUCGCUGCCAGUGUCAUAUUACUCCUUGGAAUCGUCAAAGAACGGGUAUCCUUAAUUGUGCCAUGGAUUGUCGGUCUCAUAACUUUCAUGGCACUCGAAGCGGUUGCCAUUGUUUACUCGAACGUACUCAGAGACCAUGUAAAUAAGAAAUUCGACUCGUUCUGCAAAAUCGAAGUGACCUUUUACCUGAUACGGGCAGUACUAAAUGUGUUGAGUCUAUUAAGCGUAAUAAAGUUCUACAAUAUGGUGCGAUUGGGAGUUACGUGGAAAGGUCCAGAAACCAUUGAACUGUGAUGUAAAAUUUCGGGACCAGGGCGUUAUCCCGGUUCCAUAUCUUCGGCAGAAGACACUGAUACGACUCUAUCCUCGAGCAUGGACGAUUUCUUAUAAUGAACACUGAUAAAUAUUAUGUAAAUGUUGUUGUAUAUUUGUUUUGGUUGAAAAUAAUUUUUGA